CCCGCACUUCACCUGGAGGACGAAUCGGUUGUGAAAACGUGACAACAGUUGGUUCCUGAAGUCAACAAUCCAUGUUAAUCAGUGAGGUCAUGCCAUCUUGAUGGUCUGUAACAUGGGUCGUUUCACGGACUUUGGCACCCAGACUGAUGCUGUGGUGGUGCUGUCUCUAGCACAAGCAGCCGUUUUGGGACUGGUAUCGGAAAAUGAGCUAUUUGGUGCCACCAUCAGUCCUAGUAGUUUUUUCCCAGCCUCAAAAAGUGAAGGCUCCAAUAAUGGACCAGUUGAAGAUGAAAAACCAGAACCAGAGAUGUACAUAAACACAGAGGGAAAGGAGUCAGUUGACUCUCCGGAAGAUGAGGGAUUGGAUCCCGAAAAGCACACAAGGCGAAAGAAGCGACUGCCUGUCAAAGUCAUUCCAAAAAUUAAAUCGGAAAAACUUGAGGAGGAAAGAGAUGAAGUAGAGAUCUGCCAAGUAGUGGUGGAGGCCAAAAAUGAAGAGCCAGAUAGUGAGGAAACACUUCCGCAAGAAGCUCAGGAACAGGAAUGUGAUAACACUGUACCGAACAGUUCGUUAAAAAUGAUUGACCUCAGCACGUUUCGUAGGCGGCCCAAGAGGCGACUUUUCCGUGACAGGCAGCGUCAUCAGGCAGAUGCAGGAUACAAAAACACGACGCAACACCCUUUUCAACAUUCGUACCCUAUUCCCCCAGUACCAGUUAUCCCAGGGAAUUCUAAUUUGGACAGCAUGCAAAGGCAAUGUAGUUAUGGUUCUAGCUUAAUGCAGCCAUGUGAAACCCGAGCUCCAGUAGUUGGAUCUCCUAAGACAGAGGAAAGCGGACAAAACUAUCCCUGGUCGGAGCCUAAUGAUUUUGAAACAGACACCGCUGAUUCAGUUGAGCGUAACAAAAAGGCACAGCUGGACAGAUUAGACAUAAAUGUCCAGAUUGAUGAUUCCUAUCUGGUUGAGGCUGGAGAUCGCCAAAAACGAUGGCAGUGCCGGAUGUGUGAGAAAUCCUAUACCUCAAAAUACAACCUAGUCACGCACAUUCUGGGGCAUAGUGGAAUCAAACCCCACUCGUGCCCUCAUUGCAACAAACUUUUCAAACAGCCAAGCCACUUACAAACCCACCUCCUCACCCACCAGGGGACAAGGCCACACAAGUGUGAAGUUUGCAACAAAGCAUUCACACAGACCAGCCACCUGAAAAGACACAUGUUGUUGCACACAGACAUCAAACCGUACAGCUGCCGAUUCUGUGGCCGAGGCUUCGCCUACCCAAGUGAGCUUAAAGCCCAUGAAGUGAAACAUGAAAAUGGCAGGUGCCACGUCUGUGUGGAGUGUGGAUUGGACUUUGCUACACUGACACAACUGAAGCGUCACAUCUCCUCACACCAGGGACCCACAAUGUACCAGUGUAUGGAGUGCAACAAAUCCUUCCACUACCGCAGCCAGCUACAAAACCAUAUGCUGAAGCAUCAAAAUGUCCGACCAUUUGUCUGUAAAGAGUGUGGCAUGGAAUUCAGCCAGAUCCACCAUCUCAAACAGCAUUCACUUACACACAAGGGUGUAAAAGAGUUUAAGUGUGAGGUAUGUGGGCGGGAAUUCACUCUGCAUGCCAACAUGAAGCGCCACAUGCUGAUCCAUGCCAGUGUUCGCCCAUUCCAGUGUCACAUCUGCUUUAAGACGUUUGUACAGAAGCAAACACUGAAGACCCAUAUGAUAGUGCACUCCCCUGUCAAGCCAUUCAAAUGCAAGGUUUGCGGGAAAUCUUUCAACCGAAUGUACAACCUGCUAGGCCACAUGCACCUCCAUGCUGGAUACAAGCCCUUUAAAUGUCCCUAUUGUUCCAGUAAGUUCAAUCUGAAAGGAAACCUCAGUCGCCACAUGAAAGUAAAACAUGGAGUAAUGGAUAUCACUUUAGAAAAUCAAGACCAUAUUAUGGAACUCCCAGACACUGAGACUAAUGACAUGGACAGCCAGCAAGAGAUGGAAGAUUAUGAAGAGAAUUCCUAUGAAUACAGCGAAGCAGAUAAUGUGACUGAAAAUAACAACAGUUCAGCGACUGAUCAGUCCAUACCAGAAAUGGUUUAUUAUAAUGUCUUGUAGUUGCAGGACAAUAUCCCAUAUCUGAAGGAAUUUCCAGCUUGAAUUUCUGAAAAACUAUUAUUUUUUUUUGUAUCCCGUAGAGGAAAUGUUUUUUUUUGCGUUUCACUGUUUAAUGAAGAACUUUGUGCUGUCAGCAGGGACCAUGCCUUAGAAUACUGAUAACUUAUACAGAACAUACUGUCACAUGGUCUCUCAAGGUCUGCUUUGCUUAAGGACAACAUAGUAGACUUCUGUGACCUUGGCUAGUACCUGCCUAAUUGCCUUGAUUUAGCUGGACAUUUCGGAGAAUUUAUUGUAGGUCUUUUGUAGGACCACACAUCGACUGUAUUUUGUGUUUCAGUAGUUUGAUGCACUGGCAUUAUAAAUGUUUGUGUUUGAUGCAUACUAUUUGGGUUUCACUGUUCAUAUCUGAAAUAUUAAUUCAGUAACCUGAAAGAGACUUGGAACAGCUGCAGGGAAUAAUCCAUUAUGUCUAGGAGCAGG